CCUGUGCAGAGGCGUCAGGAGCCAGCACGGCGAGGACCAUGUUGCUUCCAAACAUCCUGCUCACCGGUACACCAGGGGUUGGAAAAACCACGCUAGGCAAAGAACUUGCAUCAAGAUCAGGACUGAAAUACGUUAAUGUGGGUGAUUUAGCUCAAGAAGGGCAGUUAUAUGAUGGCUAUGAUGAAGAGUAUGAUUGUCCCAUUUUAGAUGAAGACAGAGUAGUUGAUGAGUUAGAAAACCAAAUGAGUGAAGGUGGAGUUAUUGUUGAUUACCAUGGUUGUGAUUUCUUCCCUGAACGCUGGUUUUAUACAGUAUUUGUGCUGAAAACAGAUAACAGUGUUUUGUACAAAAGACUUGAAACUAGGGGUUAUAAUCAGAAGUAACUAAAAGACAAUAUUCAGUGUGAAAUUUUUCAAGUUCUUUAUGAAGAAGCCUUGGGAUCCUACAAGGAAGAAAUAGUGCAUCAGCUGCCAAGCAAUAAACCAGAAGAUCUAGAGGAUAAUAUCAAUCAGAUAUUGAAAUGGAUAGAGCAGUGGGUCAAAGAUCAUAGCUCUUGACUUAACAAGAAUGCCACUUUACAAU